AUGAUGAAAUACCAGAAUCAAUAAAUUCACUAAAACAAUGACCAUUUGUCAGUUAACUCUAACUUAUCCAACAAACUCUCAAAAUAAACCCAGUUUAAGCAAAACCUAGAAUAACAAGAGGAUGAGGAUCAGGCAUCCCUAUACCUAAGCAAACAAUAUGACCAUUCAAAACCCACAUUUCUAAGGACUUUUCCCCAGUAACCAGUCGAUUGUUAAGGAAGUGAAGAUUUGAUGGCACCUACCAUCCUUUCCAAUAUACUGUCUGCGGAACAAAUAGUUUUUAAGUCAGAUCAUAAAAAACACUAAUAACUAAACCAUGGUUACGAGACCUCAAAUAUAUCCUCUUCGUAAAACUCUGUAAUAAAUAUCAUGUUUAUCUAUUUUAUAGAUGAGGUCUAUUUUGGAAUGUAGAAAAUAUAAAUAAAUCAAUUAGGAAAAAGUAAAAAUGAUCAUAAACUAAAUUAAAGUCAAAUUGUUGAAUUUAAUACAUUAUUCAAAAUAUAAUGAUCCUAUAUUAACAAAAGAAUAUUAGGAAUGUAAAAAUCUUUUUUAUACUUACAUUUAGUAUCACCUUUUAAAUAUCAUUACUUCACCAUGUACAUCUUUCUAUCAACCACAAUUUCGAAUCUUUUGGCCUCAAUUUUAAUUCCCUUAGUACAAUUCUUUGAGAUUUCCAUACUAUUUUAAGUAUUGUCUCAAAUAAUAUUUGGAUUUAACUUGAUCACCAUUUUUUAAGAUUUAUUUUUUCAAAGAGGUCCCUACAAAAUGUGUCGAGGGAUCAUCAAAGUCAACCACUCAGACGAAUCAAAAAAACUACUAGAUACGAUUCGAAUGUUACUUUUAAUAUUCAAUAACUUCUUUUAAAUAGAACCCAAUGUAAAAUUGUUGACUAUUUUAUUAAUGAUGCUGCUGUCAUUGUGGAGGUAGAAUGAAAGUUUUGAAAACAUAUAUAGAUCUACCCAUCACUUCAUUUUCAUUUGUUAACUCUGGGUUACAGUUAUAGUGUCCUUUGUUUGCACUUACCAAGGUAUUAUAAUAGAAUAACUAGAGUUUUUUAUUUGGAUGAAGACUUGCCUUUAUCCUACAGUAUUGUAUUGGCAAUCUCCUUUCUUACUCACUGUUCGAAUAUUUGUAAGAAUAUUACACUUAUACACUUUUAGCGAUCGAGAUUUCCAAUCAAAACUCAGUCUUAAUUUCAAUUUACAUGAUUCUAUCAUAUCUAUGUCUUGCUUACACUUCAAUGAUAUUUUACAUUUGGUUGAAACCAGAAAUAGAGAUACAAGAGGAGAAGCAGAAAUUGCUUAAAGGAUUCGUCGAACGAUUUAGAUAGAAAUGUGAAAAUGAUGAUCUCCUUAGGAGGUGUUACUCCUAUCUUGAGUUUCGAAUAGAUGUACAUGAAUUAUUUCAACUUUAAAGGAAGAUUUGAACAAAGCCAAGGAUCAACUUACAAAAAAGCUGAGUCCAGAUUUGGAAGAUGAAAUAGAGCUAUCCUUAAGGUCUAUAAUGAUCGAAAAGAUAGAAUUAAUGAAUAGGUUUUCGCCCCAUUUUAAAUAAUAAUUAUUAUACGAAAUAGAAUAAGUGCAAUUUAAUCCCGAAGACAAUAUCAUAAUAGUAUUAAUAUUUUUAGUAACCAAAGGAACAUUAAGCAGAUGAUUUAGGAUUGUUCUACAUUUUGAAAGGACAAGUGAAGGUGCAAUUUUAAGGGUCCUCCUUUGGGACCAACAAAAGAGAAGUGGCUACCUUAUCAGAAGGGUAGACAUUUGGACAAUACUCCUUUAUCACUGGAAAUCCGUCGAAUAUCAGCAUUUUCAGUUCAGGAUCAACUAUCUUGAUGAAAUUAAAGAGAUCCGAUUUCACUUCCAUCAUAUCCAACUAUCCUACUGACAAUGAGAUAUUUUGCACCAUGAAGGACAAUGCAUUCUACAAUCAGAAAAUGUUUGAAUGUUACUAUUGCAAAAUCAGUGGGCAUUACAUUGUGGAAUGCAAACACAUUCAGUAUUUCCCCUAGAGAUUAAACACUAUCGAGAAAUACUUAUAUACAGAGAAAUAGCAGAGAAGAACUUGGAACAGAAGAUUGCGUAAGUGUUUUGCCUGGUAAGAUCUCAGUUUAAAUUAAGAUAAAGCUAAACAAUAUGCUAACAAACAAAGUUAAGAAUAGAUCUCUGAUGAAUUGCCAGAAAUUUCAUAAUUGCCUUAUUCAGAAAGUACUUUAUCUUAAAUAAUCAUAGAUUAAACAUAUUAGUCUGUCAGUUUUGUUAGUAAUUCUAUGGGUCAGAAGAACUUGAGUCCAGAGUAAUAUCAAUCUUACAGCAAUGUAGAGAGUUGUGAAUAAUUUAAUAUAGACCAAGAUAUCUAAGACGAGUAAACUAUCCCUUUCCAAGAACAUUAAGUUAAGACUAGUAUUCGUAAGAAUUCAAAUAAGACAACGUUGAAAACAGCUGGAUUUGCUAUAGAACCAAAUAUGAUGAAUAAUUUGUCAAUGGUUGAUAAGGAUGAUAAGGAAAUCAUAAAUCAAUUGGAACAUCAGAUGAACAAGGAAAAAACAAUUCUAUACUAGACUGCCAGGAAUUACAAUACAAACAAAUUGACCUUUCAGUAUUAAAAGGAAUAAUCCCAAUCAAUUCUAAGGGAAGAUUUAAUCAAAUCUGACUCUUUUUAAUAACAACAAUAAUCAUUGGCAAUUUACCAAUAGCAAUAGGCUUCAAAUCUGAAGUAGUCUAUCAGAUAGACUUCAAAUAGAUCUAACACUUAUUCUAAUUCACUUUCGAAAGAUAUUUCAAACAAUCCAUCUUCCAAUUCUAGGUAAAAUAGGUCUUAAAGAUAAUCAAUGUAAUCUAGUCAAGAUCGAGUAAUGGAGCAAACAGGGACCAGAAAAUUGAAUAGUUCUAAGUCUCUCACGAAUGAAUAAAAUAGAAUGAAUAAUAACAAGAGUUUGAAGUCUUGUACUAAGAGCACUCCUAAUCAAAUGUCGCAGUUUUAAGCUUUGACAAGUCCUGAGGUACAAUUUAUAUAUUAGAUUAGAAUCAAGGGUAUUACUUAAAUGAUGUAUUAUUUAAUAAAUUCGAAAAAAUGUGCGAAUAUAAGAUUUACAAUCCGCAUAAUAAUUAUAGUUAGGUAAUAAAUAGAUAUAAAAAAUACAUUGAAUCACAGAGUUACAAUAAUUUUUGUAGGAAGAAACAUAUAUCAAGUUCAUCCUAUUCUAUAAGAUGUUUUGUAGUAUCAAGAAUUAGAAGAGUGAAGAAAUUAGUUUGA